CAUAUUUUCAACAAAACAUAAACUCAAAACACAAACAAAAACAAUUUUCUCUUCAAUUCACUCCGCCCGCCUCCGUCGCUGCCGUCUCUGCUUCCCGCUGUCGCCGUCUUUGUUGCCAGUGGUUUGAUUUGGCGAAAGGAAUAGUUUCUUUUGAUAAAUUGAGAAAAUGCCUUCCCAAAAGAUUGAGACUGGUCACGAGGAUACAAUUCAUGAUGCGGUGAUGGAUUACUAUGGUAAGCGCAUUGCAACAGCCUCAUCAGACCACUCGAUUAGAAUUAGUGGAGUUGGUAACAAUACCUCUCAUCAACUUGCUAAACUAACCGGUCAUCUCGGACCUGUUUGGCAAUUAGCUUGGGCUCACCCGAAGUUUGGGUCUUUGCUUGCUUCUUGUUCUUACGAUGGUCGUAUUAUAAUUUGGAAGGAGAGUAAUCAGAAUGAAUGGACUCAGGCUCAUGUUUUUGAUAACCAUAAAUCAUCUGUUAAUUCUAUUGCUUGGGCGCCUCAUGAAGUUGGUCUUUGUUUAGCUUGUGGUUCUUCCGACGGAGAUAUUUCCGUUUACACUGCACAAGCUGAUGGCAGUUGGGAUGUAGCCAAGAUUGGUCAAGCUCACCCGGUUGGGGUAACUUCAGUCUCUUGGGCUCCAUCGACUGCCCCCGGUGCUCUUGUCGGUUCUGGUUUACUCGACCCUGUUCAGAAGCUCUGCUCAGGCGGUUGUGACAAUACCGUAAAAGUGUGGAAGCUCUAUAACGGAAGCUGGAAGAUGGAUUGCUUUCCGGCUCUUCAAAUGCACACUGAUUGGGUAAGGGACGUUGCGUGGGCCCCGAACUUGGGUCUCCCAAAAUCGACUAUCGCAAGUGCAUCUCAGGACGGGAAAGUUAUUAUAUGGACCGUCGUAAAGGAUGGGGAUCAGUGGGACGGUAAGGUGUUACAUGAUUUUAAGUCUCCAGUUUGGAGAGUCUCUUGGUCUCUCACCGGAAACAUAUUGGCUGUUGCUGAGGGGACUAACAAUGUGACGUUAUGGAAAGAAGCUGUAGAUGGGGAAUGGCAACUGGUGACAACCGUCGAUCCGUAGAUCUGUAAGUCCUUAAUAUUUUUCCCCCUUAUAUACUUCAUUAUAUUAUAAGAAUUUGUUUUUUUGUCUCAUGUUAUCCAUAUUUGGAGGGUUUGUUUGGAUUUUAGAGGUCAUGUAGUUUGCAACUGAAAAUCCACUUAAGUAUGUGAAUUCAUAGGACUUCCUAAAAAAUGCAAUAUUUUUAGAUUCUUUUGUUUGUAUAUCUUAUUUGUUUUGCGAUGAAUAUAGUUCACGAUCUUGAUUAUUAA